UAUUUGUUGGAUUUACUUAACAUUUGUUAAUCUUGUUGCUUCAUAGAUUUAGUGGCCUUAAUUGUAAUCCAUGUGAUUAAUCUGUUAAUACAAAUACAGAUUAAAUGGAAGAUUUUUGGAACAUAUUCUGUGAUGAUUCUGCUUGUUCUUCAUUUGGAGGAAAGCCCUUGUGUUUCGAUUUCGAGUUUCUGAAGGAUCCUUCUUCAUGCAUCAACCAUUUAUUGAUCAUUUUCCUUGAUAUGCUGUUGCUAUUAGUCUUUGCUUUUGUUAUAAUCCACAAGUGUUUCUUGAGGCCAAUUCAUCAGGGUCAGAAUAGAGUGGAAAGGUAUUCAAAAUUGCAGCUACUUUCUGCAAUAACCAGUGGCUGUCUCGGUUUGUCACAUUUGUGUUUUUGCAUUUGGAUUUUAUGUGAGAAGUUAAGAAAAAAUCUCACUGUUUUCCCUCUAAGUUCGUGGCUGCUAGAAUUGCUUCAAGGAUCGACAUGGAUGUUAGUUGGUUUAAGUACAAGUCUUUCAUUGAAACAACUUCCAAAAACAUGGUUGAGAGUGUUUUCCAUUCUUAUAUUUUUUGUUUCUAGUGUUUUGUGUGCUUUUUCCUUAUCUUAUGCAUUUAGCAGCAAAGAACUGUCUCUUAAGAUAGCUUUAGAUGUUUUAUCUUUUUUGGGAGCAUUUUUGCUGCUCUUUAGCACAUACAAAGCAUCUAAAUAUGAAGACAAUGACAGUGAAAUUAAUGGAAGUCUAUAUGCCCCUUUAGAUAGCCAGGUCAACGAUGACGAUGAUCUCAUUGAUCAUAUAAGUGUAACCCCAUUUGAGAAAGCUGGAUUCUUUAGUAGGAUGUCAUUUUGGUGGUUGAAUCCAUUGAUGAAAAGAGGUCAAGAGAAAACACUUGAGGACGAGGAUAUCCCAAAGUUGCGGGAACCAGAUAGAGCAAAAGCAUGUUAUUCAUUAUUUAUAGAUCAAUUGAAUAUGCGAAAGGAGAAGAGUCCGUCAUCACCAUCAUCUGUUUUAUGGAUAUUAAUUUUGUGCCACCGAAGAGAGAUUUUAGUAUCAGGAUUCUUUGCAUUUCUUAAGGUACUCACUCUCUCUUCUUGUCCUCUACUUUUGAAUGCCUUUAUAUUGGUGGCUGAGGGUAAUACGAGUUUCAAAUACGAAGGUUACUUAUUGGCAAUCUCACUUUUAUUUACAAAGAUUUUAGAAUCCCUAUCUCAAAGACAGUGGUAUUUUCGUUCUAGACUUAUUGGUAUGAAAGUUAGGUCCUUAAUUAUUGCAGCCAUUUACAAGAAACAACUGAGAUUAUCCGAUUCUACUAAACUGGUUCAUUCUAGUGGUGAGAUAAUGAAUUAUGUGAAUGUGGAUGCCUAUAGAAUUGGAGAAUUUCCAUUUUGGUUUCACCAAACGUGGACAACAGUUCUCCAAUUAUGUAUCGCAACAGUAAUUCUUUUUCGUGCUAUUGGGCUCGCGACAGUUGCAUCAUUGGUGGUGAUAGUUUUAACUGUGGUUUUAAAUACUCCACUAGCAAGGUUACAACAUAAGUUUCUAAGCAAACUUCUGUUGGCUCAAGAUGAAAGGUUGAAGGCUUGUUCAGAGGCUCUAGUGAAUAUUAAAGUGUUGAAGUUAUAUGCAUGGGAAAUCCAUUUUAAAAAUUCUAUUAAAAAUCUAAGAAUUGUUGAACUAAAAUGGUUAUCUUCAGUGCUAUUACAAAAUGCGUGUAGUGUUAUCCUCUUUUGGUUUUCACCUAUUUUGGUCUCUACUGCUACCUUUACGGCUUGUUACAUUAUGAAAGUUCCUUUACAUGCAAAUAAUGUGUUCACAUUUGUCGCAACUUUGUGCCUUGUGCAAGACCCUAUUUCAACCAUUGCGGAUGUUAUUGGAGUGAUCAUUCAAGCAAAGGUUUCUUUUUCUCGGGUUGUGAAGCUUCUCGAGGCACCUGAGCUAUGUACUACAAAUGUCAGAAAGACGUGCUAUGAUGAGAAGUUAAAGGGCUCAAUUUUUAUCAAUUCUUCAGACUUUUCCUGGGAAGAUGAUUUAUUGAAGCCAACAAUAGCAAACAUAAACUUAAAUGUCAGCGUUGGGCAAAAGAUAGCUAUUUGCGGAGAAGUUGGUUCAGGAAAAUCAACUUUAUUAGCAGCAAUUCUUGGAGAAGUACCGAAUACCAAAGGGAAAAUUGAAGUUUAUGGGAAGUUUGCAUAUGUUUCUCAAACAGCAUGGAUACAAAAAGGAACAAUACAAGAAAAUAUUUUGUUUGGAUCGCCUUUAGAUGCUCAAAGGUAUCAAGAAUCGCUUCGUAGGUCUUCACUGAUGAAAGACCUUGAGUUGUUUCCAUUUGGUGAUCUAACUGAGAUAGGAGAGAGAGGUGUGAAUCUAAGUGGGGGCCAGAAGCAACGAAUUCAACUUGCUCGAGCUCUUUAUCAGAAUGCUGAUGUAUAUCUCUUGGAUGAUCCAUUUAGUGCUGUUGAUGCGCACACUGCAAAAAAAUUGUUUCAUGUAAUGACUUCUCUCUUUCUUGAAAAACAUAAACUACAUCAUAGUUAUAAUUUUUUAUUUAAAUAUGACUUCGAAAGAUUGCAGGAGUACAUAUUGGAAGGACUUGCCAAAAAGACGGUACUUCUUGUGACUCAUCAAGUGGACUAUCUCCCUGCAUUUGAUUCUAUUUUGUUGAUGUUAGAUGGGAAAAUCCAACAAGGUGGUACUUAUAAUGAUCUACUAACCUUUAGCCAAGAAUUUAAGGACAUUGUUAAUUCAUACAAAAAGACGGGUGGUACUUACCAGCUUGCAGAUGUUACUUCAACCCGGAUACAUUCAAAGUCUAAUAAAGAGAUGAAACAAUACUUCAUAGAGAAGAACUUUAAUGAUAUAAACGGGGAUGAGUUUAUUAAGGAAGAAGAGAGAGAAAAGGGAAACACCGGUUUGAAGCCUUAUUUGCAUUAUCUCAAUCAGAAAAAAGGCUAUAUAUACUUCUUUAUCAGUUCUCUUUCUCACUUCAUGUUUAUGAUAUGUCAGAUACUCCAAAACUCGUGGAUGGCUGCCAGUGUUGACAAUCCUCAAGUCAGCACAUUGAAAUUGAUUACAAUUUACUUGUUGAUUGGAAUUACUUCUACGAUUUUUGUUAUAAUGAGAAGUCUAUUUGCAGCUGCUUUGGGUUUUCAAUCAUCAAAAAAUUUAUUUAGACAUUUAACAAAUUCUCUUUUUAGUGCAUCAAUGUCUUUCUACGACACCACGCCUUUGGGAAGGAUACUUAGUAGGGUCUCAUUAGAUAUGAGCAUUGUGGAUCUUGAUAUCGCUUUUAACUUCACAUAUUAUGUAGCAUCCACUAUGAAUCAUUACGCGAAUAUAAUAGUUUUAUCGUCCGUCGCUUGGCAAGUGUUGCUUUUGUGUAUACCAAUGGUUUAUGUUACUAUCCAUUUACAGAGACACUACUAUGCAUGUGCAAAAGAACUUAUGCGGAUGAAUGGGACAACAAAAUCUUCUGUAGCUAAUCAUGUAGCUGAAACUUUCGUUGGUGCUAUGACAAUAAGGGCUUUUGAGGAGGAGGAUCGUUUUGUCGAAAAGAAUUUUGAUUUAAUUGAUGUCAAUACUAGUGCUUUCUUCCACAGUUUUGCCUCAAAUGAGUGGUUGAUUCAACGCUUAGAAGUAAUCUAUGCAGUUGUUCUUGCCUCUGCAGCACUUUGCAUCACUUUGCUUCCUUUAGGGACUUUUACAUCGGGUUUUAUUGGUAUGGUCCUUUCUUAUGGCCUUUUAUUAAACACUUCUGUAGUAUAUUCCACUCAAUAUCAAUGCAUUUUAGCGAAUUAUAUAGUAUCGGUAGAGAGGAUAAAUCAAUACACUCACAUACAGAGUGAUAUGCAAGAAGUGAUAGAAGGAAAUCAUCCUCCACUUAAUUGGCCUAAUGCAGGAAAUGUAGAAAUAAAAAACUUGAAGAUACAAUACAGACCUAAUGGACCAUUCGUACUACAUGGUAUCACAUGCAAAUUUGAAGGAGGGCAUAAGAUUGGUAUUGUUGGUAGAACAGGCAGCGGAAAAUCAACUCUCAUAGGUGCUUUGUUUCGUCUUGUGGAACCAACAAGAGGAAACAUUAUAGUUGAUGGAAUAGACAUAUCGUCUAUUUGUCUUCAUGACUUGAGGUCGAGUUUUGGUAUUAUACCACAGGAUCCCACCUUAUUCAUCGGGACAGUUAGAUAUAACUUGGAUCCUUUAUCUCAACAUUCUGAUCAAGAAAUAUGGGAGGUUAUUCGAAAGUGCCAACUGCAAGAGGUUGUCGAAGAUAAAGGUGGCUUAGAUUCCUCAGUUGUUGAAAAUGGAAGAAACUGGAGCAUUGGACAAAGGCAACUAUUCUCUUUAGGGCGAGCGCUUUUGAGGAAAAGUAGGAUAUUGGUAUUGGAUGAAGCAACUGCAUCAAUUGAUAAUGCAACUGAUUUGAUUCUUCAGAAUACCAUUCGGACAGAGUUUGUUGGUUGUACAGUCAUAACAGUAGCACACAAGAUACCAACUGUCAUGGAUUGCGAUAUGAUUCUUUCCAUAAGUGAUGGAACAUUGGUGGAGUAUGAUGAACCAUUGAAGUUGAUGAAGAGAGAACAAUCAUUAUUUGGAAACCUUGUAAGGGAAUAUUGGUCUCAUUUUCAGUUUGCAGAAUCACAUUGAAGUGUUGUUACUAUAUUUUAGGAUAUUCUGAUAGAGGUUGUUAUUCCGAUCACUUUAUAUGUUUGUUUGCUUCAACAAUUGCUUUUAUUUUAAAUUGAAAGUAAAUCUAUGAGAUUGCUAAUUCGUAGUA